ACUUUUCCCACCCACUGUGCUGAGUAGUGCUGACUUGCAAGUCUCUCCUUUUUAUAUUCCCCGCCUGGGGGAGGAGGUCUGUCCAGAGAGAGAGGGAGAGAGUGACGAGGCGAAGGUAUAGCGGCGCUUCCACGCGACUACUUCCAUUCAUUUUGGAAUCGUGCGCGGCAACACGCGGAAUACAAUUUAUUCCGGAAUAAAAUCAAACAAUUUCCCUCUGUGAAAUUCAAAUUGGGAAUUAAACAAGUAAACAAAUCGCUUAAUCCAGAGCAAGUGCAUCAAAAAUGACGGAAUUCGAUUUUGUGCCCAUUGCCGUGGGCGUGGUUGCCGUAGUCGCCGGCGCCCUGAUCGUCCACUAUUUCCUGAACAGAAAAUCCACCAAACCACGUCGGGAACCCAAUCGCACCGCCCGACUGCGCACCCUGGUGGAUCCCAACGACAAAUACCUGCUGCCCCUCGUGGAGAAGGAGGUGCUCAGCCAUGACACGCGACGAUUCCGCUUCGGAUUGCCCUCCAAGCAGCAUGUCCUUGGCCUGCCGGUGGGUCAGCACAUCCACCUGAUCGCCACCAUUGACAACGAACUGGUGAUCCGGCCGUACACGCCCAUCUCGUCGGAUGAAGAUGUCGGCUACGUGGAUCUGGUGGUGAAGGUCUACUUCAAGGACCAGCACCCCAAGUUCCCGGCCGGCGGCAAGAUGACCCAGCAUCUGGAGAAAAUGGAAUUGGGAGAUAAGAUCUCCUUCCGUGGUCCCUCUGGACGGUUGCAGUACCUCGGAAAUGGCACCUUCUCCAUCAAGAAGCUGCGCAAGGACCCGCCCAAGAAUGUGACCGCCAAGCGGGUUAACAUGAUUGCCGGUGGUACUGGUAUCACUCCCAUGCUGCAGCUGGUCCGCGAGGUCCUCAAGCGCAGUGACAAGGAUAAAACCGAACUGGCGCUGCUGUUCGCCAAUCAGAGCGAAAAGGAUAUUCUGUUACGCGGGGAACUGGACGAACUGGCUCAGAAGCAUCCCGACCAGUUCAAGGUCUGGUAUACUGUGGAUAAGGCUGCUGAAGGCUGGCCAUAUAGCGUGGGCUUCAUCAAUGACGAUAUGAUCGCCGCCCACCUCCUGCCCGCCUCGGACGACACCAUCGUGCUGCUCUGCGGCCCACCGCCCAUGAUCAACUUUGCCUGUAAUCCGGCCCUGGACAAGCUUGGCUACCAUCCGGACACCCGAUUCGCCUACUAGAGAGGAUCGCCCGCCAGUGGCAGCGAGAGAAUUUGCAUUUUGGUUUUGUCAGUGCCCAUUUAUUCCACGUUUUAUUGCCCCCAUGCCCAGUGGUCACCCAGUGAUCGCCGGAAUCACCGCCGAGAUGUCACAGUUCGGGAUUCGGGAUCGAUGUGAUUGAACGCAAAGCGAAAGCAACAAACAACAUCAAUGCUAAUUGUUGUAGUUCUUUUUUAUUAUUUUCUAAUUUGAAUAAAGUGUUAAAAAAAGUCAA